UGACACUUUGAUGAACGCGUCACGCGAUAUAAUAGACCCCGAACCGUCAGCUAAGCACGGAGGGCAAAGUUGCUAUUUUUUGGUCCGUGUUCCUGCACACAAGCGCAAGCGACACGCCUCACCGCUGUGUUACUGAAAGAGCAAGCGACGCAACGAAUUUUGAGCGCACCCUUGUCCACGACAUGUGCAAUGGCUGCGACUUGAAGGGUCACUGACAUUUUAAAAGUUUGCAUGCAGGAUUCGCGAUAAGUGUUGAGAGGGAAUCCUCAAGAUGAGCCAGGCAGGAGACCCUUUGACCCCAUCGCCGGGCCAGCACCUCACCUGGGCCAACGUGCUGAUCGCCUUCUGCUUCCUGCUGAUCGAUGCGCUGCUCUCGAUCUACUUCAAGCUGGGCAUCUCGCGCUCGCUUCUGAUUGCAGCAGCAAGAUGCGCCGUGCAGCUAUAUAUCAUGUCACUCGUGCUGGACAGGAUCUUCGCUGCAAACUCGCUGUGGGCCGUGGCGUUGAUGGCGCUCGUGCUCAACCUGCUCGCCGCAUCCGAGGUCACGCUGAACAAGGCGAAGUACCGAUACGAGGGAAUGUUCACAGUGACAUUGACUUCUAUGAUAAUGGGUUGUGUGCCUUGCUUUGCGGUUGCUAGUCGCUUUGCCUUAUCGCAGGAUCCCUGGUGGGCUCCGAGCAAGUUCAUCCCGGCGCUCGGUAUGGCGCUGGGCAAUGCGAUAAGCGGGGUGACAAUAGCUACCUCUUACACUCUUGAGCAACUCAACUCGAACCGCGACAAGGUGGAGACCUACCUGGCACAUGGAGCGACACGAUUCGAAGCGUGUCGACCCGUUGCCACCGACGCCUUGCGAUUAGCCUUGACGCCGAUCAUCAACCAAAUGCCCGUCAUUGGCUUGAUUAGUCUUCCGGGCAUGUUCACAGGAGCAGUCCUUGGUGGUGCAGACGUCGACACGGCCGCUAAGCUGCAGAUGAUCAUCAUCUUCUGCCUGAGUGCCAGCACGGCGUUCGCAAGCUUGAGUGCGUGCAUCGCAACGUGUGGCAUCAUGGUCGAUGCGCGUGGCCGCAUCCGACCCGAGCGCGCCUGGAGCGCAAAGGACGGACGACCAACACCCCGUGUUGUUCGUCAACCCGCAUCUUCAGCAGCUGCGGCUGGGGACGAUCCUGCCGCAGGCGCGCUGUUGGGAGUGCAGGCGCAGGCUAUGUGGUACGGCAUCCCAGAGGCGUGGCGACGAUGGAGGAGGCAAGGGAAUGUUCAGUUGCGAUAA